CACUCAGAGCCGCGGGAAGGGCGCUUAUAGACCAGGAGGGAGGCACAGGCGCGAUUCAAAAGGAAAGAAAGAAAAAAGCCACCAGUGGCUCGAAUUUCUGGAAGCUGGAGCGGGGUUUUUGCCCUAUCCACCGAGCCAGAGCCCCUCUUAGCGCUGCCCUGGCCUCUCCGUUACCAUUUUCGGUUUGCUUUUGGAAGAACCGGUUCCUCAGCCCCGUGUCGCCGAAGUUGUGCCACGAGUGCAGGGGUGUUGGGAGCCUUUGAAGAAGUGUGUAGCUAAUAGCCCAUCUAUAAUUCAGAAGAAGUCUUCAAUGGAAGACCCCCGGGGGAUAAAUGGACAGUCUGUGCAAACAUCUCAAACCAGUUCCGAUGUUGCUGUUUCCUCAAGUUGCAGGUCUAUGGAAAUGCAGGAUCUAACCAGCCCGCAUAGCCGUCUGAGUGGUAGUAGUGAAUCCCCCAAACUCGAUAACUCUCAUAUAAAUAGUAAUUCCAUGACUCCCAAUGGCACCGAAGUUAAAACAGAGCCCAUGAGCAGCAGUGAAAUAGCUUCUACCGCAGCAGACGGGGCUUUAGACAGUUUCUCAGGGUCAGCCAUUGGGAGCAGCAGCUUCAGCCCAAGACCAACUCCCCAGUUCUCUCCACCACAGAUCUAUCCGUCCAACAGACCAUACCCACAUAUUCUCCCUACCCCUUCCUCACAAACUAUGGCUGCAUAUGGGCAAACACAGUUUACCACAGGAAUGCAACAAGCUACAGCCUACGCCACAUACCCACAGCCAGGACAGCCGUACGGAAUUUCCUCAUAUGGUGCAUUGUGGGCAGGCAUCAAGACUGAAGGUGGAUUGUCCCAGUCUCAGUCGCCCGGACAGACGGGAUUUCUCAGCUAUGGCACGAGCUUCGGUACCCCUCAACCUGGACAGGCACCAUACAGCUACCAGAUGCAAGGUAGUAGUUUUACAACAUCAUCAGGAUUAUAUACAGGAAAUAAUUCGCUCACAAAUUCCUCUGGAUUUAACAGUUCACAGCAGGACUAUCCAUCUUAUCCCAGUUUUGGCCAGGGUCAGUACGCACAGUACUACAACAGCUCACCAUACCCAGCACACUAUAUGACAAGCAGCAACACCAGCCCAACGACGCCGUCCACCAACGCCACGUACCAGCUUCAAGAACCACCAUCUGGCAUCACCAGCCAGGCAGUGACAGAUCCCACGGCAGAGUACAGUACAAUUCACAGCCCAUCAACGCCCAUUAAAGAUUCAGAUUCUGAUCGAUUGCGUCGAGGUUCAGAUGGGAAAUCACGUGGGCGGGGCCGAAGAAACAAUAAUCCUUCACCUCCACCGGAUUCUGAUCUAGAGAGAGUGUUCAUCUGGGACUUGGACGAGACAAUCAUUGUUUUCCAUUCCUUGCUCACUGGGUCCUACGCCAACAGAUACGGGAGGGAUCCACCCACUUCAGUUUCCCUUGGACUGCGAAUGGAAGAAAUGAUUUUCAACUUGGCAGAUACACAUCUAUUUUUUAACGACUUAGAAGAAUGUGACCAAGUUCAUAUAGACGAUGUUUCUUCAGAUGACAAUGGCCAGGACCUCAGCACAUAUAACUUUGGAACAGAUGGUUUUCCUGCUGCAGCCACCAGUGCUAAUUUAUGCCUGGCAACUGGUGUCCGGGGCGGCGUGGACUGGAUGAGAAAGUUGGCCUUCCGCUACAGACGAGUGAAAGAGAUCUACAACACCUACAAAAACAACGUGGGAGGUCUGCUUGGUCCAGCCAAGAGAGAAGCUUGGUUGCAGUUGCGGGCUGAGAUUGAAGCCCUGACAGACUCCUGGUUGACAUUGGCCCUUAAAGCUCUCUCACUCAUUCACUCCCGGACAAACUGCGUGAAUAUUUUAGUAACAACUACUCAGCUCAUCCCAGCAUUGGCUAAAGUCCUACUGUAUGGAUUAGGAAUUGUAUUUCCAAUAGAAAAUAUUUACAGUGCAACUAAAAUAGGAAAGGAAAGCUGUUUUGAGAGGAUAAUUCAAAGGUUCGGAAGAAAAGUGGUAUAUGUUGUCAUAGGAGAUGGCGUGGAAGAAGAACAAGGAGCAAAAAAGCACGCCAUGCCCUUCUGGAGAAUCUCUAGUCAUUCAGACCUCAUGGCUCUACAUCAUGCCUUGGAACUGGAGUACCUGUAACAUCCACGUGGCCUUGGAAACCACACAACAGCCCUGAGAUCAGGGACAAAUCCAACCGGCAUGAGUCUUGUAUCAACGCUGGACUCCAGGACUUAGCAAUUUCAACAUACUGAUAUGCAGCUGCUGUCGGUCUCAACCCCUGCCCUUCUGGUCCCUGGAAGACCACACCUGUUUGUUCAGAACAGCUGUUGACUCUAGUACUGUGAAUCCAACAAAAAUAAGCCAUGAGAAUGUUCUAGCACAGUGUGAUGUGUCUCCGCCACAUUCACUACACGGUUCAAACCUGUGAAGAAAGGACCUGCAGACAUUUCAGUUUUUCGCAUUUUCAAUGUGACAUAAACAGCUUCUCAGAUACAGCAAACUUGAUGCACAACAAAAACUGAACUGUGUUUCCUGAAUACCAGUGGAGGAAUUUCUUGUAAAGAAGGUUUACUUUUGGUGUCUCAUACCCAGGGUAAUCUGUACAUCUCUACUUAUUUAUGAACAGACUUUUUUUAAAAAAACAAAAACAAAAACAAACCACAGCUUUAUGGAGGUAUAACUCACAUACCAUUCAUUUCACCUAGACAAUUUGACAUCAAAUAAUUGAAGAGACAAUAGUAUAAGAAAUAAGUGAUUAACACGACGUGGCAAGUACUCUGAAUUUUAGCACAUCGCAAAGUAGUUUAAAGUAUGUCUAAUUUAAACAUAUAAUAUGUACAUCACUGAGACAAUCAUGUACAGAAAGAAUUUUUGGUGUAAAUUUGUAAUAAUGGAUGAUUCUUUUACAUAUUGUUAAGGGAAAUGCUAUUGAAAGGUAGCAAUGCCUUGAUGGUGAAGCAUGAGGCAACACGUGUACAAAGUCACGUGCAGUGCCUUAUCAAAGUAUUGGGUAUAAAUAUGUAGAUAAAGGAAGUUCUUUUUUUUUUUUUUUUUUUAGAUAAUGUUGUCAAGACCAAAAGCAUGGCUGUCAAGUGUCAAUGAGGAUUUUGUUUUCCAAUUUUUUCCCCUAUCAAUUCUUCUAAGAUUUUUCCAAUGCUGUUUGGAGGGCCUUGAUGGAAUAACACAGCGAUUUCUUAAUUUUUAAAAAUAAAAGUCCUCUUCUAACCUCACUUUUUCAUUUCAACACUAUUGUAUUAUAUGUAACUACUUGGAAAAAAUGAUUAUGCAAAUGUUUCUUCCCACAGAAAGAUUACAGAAGAUAGAUAUAUUUUAUUAAUAAAAUGGCUCAUGAAUUGGAAUCUAGCAAGGUUUUCAUGUGCUCAGAAUUGUUACUGUGUCUGCAUUUUGUUGGAUAGAUAAAGGAGGACAUUACCACAUAGCUGACAAUCAGCAGAACUUUGUAUUACUCCCUGCACUCGCAUUCUGUCUUCCUCUCAGAGCAAAGUUCAUUGUGAGCAGUGGACAUAGCCUGAUCAUUAUCACCAAGGAAUCAUGGUACUCUCUACCUACGUUAUGUCUUAUGUGGCCAGCCUGCAUCUGGAGAAUUAAAAAAUGUCACCUUUGUCAUAACAAAGUUUAUUCAGAAGUCAUCAGUUUGGGUGCUACUUGCUCUCACCCAAAGCUUUUCAUUGUCAUGAAAUUGCUCCAGGUGAAUUUUCUUUCAUGUUGUAUUGGAAGAAAAAACAAAACCACCAGCUAUGACCUGGAGUAGCUAAAGAACUACUCCACCCUUUACUGACGUUUCAUGUUGCUGCUAGAAUUCAUCAUUUGUGAAUUCUCCAAAUUGUUUAAAUUAACAGUUAGAUUCAUUUUUUUUCCUUUUUGUGUGAAGCAAACAGAAGCUGACAAUUUUUUAGCCUUUUCAUUGUAUGUUUUUGUACUCUGCAGACUGAAAAUGCAAAGUUUAUCUGGGCCUUACUGUAUAAAGGUGUGUUGUGUCCACAGUUGUGUACAGAAUUCUUGUUAAUUUCGUGUUUAAGUUAAUAAAAUUGAUUUGUGAAGUACUGUAAGCUC